CUACACUUUCGUAAAUUUACUUUUAUUUUGUUAAAGGAUUCGCAUUGUAAUUUCUAUGUGGAAGGAAUAAUUGACAUAAGUACAGAGAAUUUGUGUAGUUAUUCAAAAUGGUUUUGGAGAGCACUAUAAUUUGUGUUGAUAAUAGUGAUUAUAUGAGGAAUGGAGACUUUCUUCCCACACGCCUGCAAGCUCAGCAAGAUGCAGUUAGUUUGAUUUGCCAUUCAAAGAUCAGAUCAAAUCCUGAAAAUAAUGUUGGUCUUCUGACUCUGGCUAAACCAGAAGUUCUUGCUACUUUAACAACUGAUGUGGGUCGAAUUUUAUCCAAGCUUCAUCAAAUGCAGCCUAAGGGUUACAUUAAUCUCUGUACUGGAAUUCGAAUUGCUCAUCUAGCAUUGAAGCAUCGACAAGGGAAACAUCACAAAAUGAGGAUUGUAAUUUUUGUUGGUAGUCCAAUUGAUGAUGAAGAUGCAGAGAUUGUAAAACUGGCAAAGAAGUUCAAAAAAGAGAAAGUAUGUGUCGACAUUGUCAAUUUUGGAGAAGAUGCUGUUAAUACUGAUAAAUUAACAUUAUUUAUCAAUACCCUGAAUGGAAAAGAUGGCACUGGCUCUCAUCUUGUUACUGUACCUCCUGGUCCUCAUCUGUCUGAUGCUUUAGUUAGUUCUCCAGUUGUUCAAGGUGAGGAUGGCAGCGGAGCUGUUGGUAUUGGAGGAAUGGGCUAUGAAUUUGGUGUAGAUCCAAAUGAAGAUCCUGAGUUAGCAUUGGCUCUUAGAGUAUCUAUGGAAGAACAAAGACAGAGGCAAGAAGAUGAAGCUCGUAGAACAGUUUCUGCUACAAGUAAUGAAUCUGCUGGACAAAGAUCAACUGAUGGUAGUAAUGAAGAAGCUAUGUUAGAGCAAGCAGUAGCUAUGUCUUUGGCAACUGAUGCAACUCCAGCGGCAUCUGCUCCUAUUCCUGACUUUGCAGCAAUGACAGAAGAAGAACAAAUUGCUUAUGCUAUGCAAAUGUCCCUUCAACAAACUCAUGAUGGCUCAGAUGAUGAAGCUCCAAUGGAAACAGAUGAGAAAGAUCAAAGCAAGGAAGAAGAAGAAGACUUGCGUGAUGUUAUGGACGAUCCUGAAUUCUUACAAAGUGUUCUUAGGAAUUUGCCUGGUGUAGAUCCGCAAAGUGAAGUAGUACGCAAUGCUGUGCAAAAUUUAGAAUCUUCUAAAGAUAAGGACUCCAAAGAGAAAUCUAAGGCAGGGAAAAAGGAUGACAAGAAUAAAAAAUAAUUUUAUUAAUGUGUAGUGUAAUAUUUUUUCAUUGUGAAACUGUUGCAAAUUAAAUUUCUUUGAAAUAAUUUUACCAUUGUGGGCAUUUUUGCUUUUUAAAUUUAUUUUCAAGUAUGAAUUAAUCAUUAAAUCAAUGACAUGCCAAACUUGAGUAACCAAGCAAAGUUGAUAAGAGACUUGGAUAAGUCAUGAUAAUAACUUAUUUUUAUGCAGGUACAUCACAGAAAAGCCGGAGUUGGACGUUUUAAAAUCAAGGUGUCUGAGUCGGCCAUUUUCUUUCUGACACUUAAGCCCUAGUAUGCACUUAGGUCUCAAAUCAACCCACUUGUUUAUCCAAGAAAGAUCCCUUUGCUGUUUAAGAAAAUAAGGCGAAUUCCUGAAUCUUCAGAGCUUUGGCAUGAUUUUCUUCUUAAUUUCGAUAGGAACCUUAAAACCCAAAAGGAAAGAAGAUAAAUACCUUUGUGCUGAAAAGUAAAGUAAGAAAUAACAACAUCAAAAAGCACUAAUUGCAGAUUACUACAGACACCUGUUUCGGCUUUACAAGGAACGCCUUUUUUCAAUGCAUAAAGGAAUGAGCUUAUGGAUGAAAAGACAUCAGACAGAUGUCUUUCACUUUUGAUUUGAACUAUUUUUCGUUCAAUUUUGAACAGUUCAAAAAAAAAUAACAUUAGCGCCUACUGGGAAAUUCAAUGCAAUUUCGAACUUAGGGGCAAAUUUGCUUCAAACAAACUUGUAGGAAAAAACUUUUGAUGAAAAACAUGUAUAUAAAAUAUCUUUUUGAUCUGAACAAUUUUCCGUUCACUUUGGAACAGUUCAAAUCCCUUAACAUUAGCGCCUACAAGGAAACUGAAAUUCAAUGCAGAUUCUGCACUUGCAGGUAGAUUUACUUCAAACGAACUUUGUUGGAAAUAACUCUUGACGACAAACUCCCAACUUCCGAGAAUUUCAGGCACUUGACUCUGACUCCUGUGCCUGACAAUUAGUCGGACUCCGACUCGGACUUCGUAGUUUUGGCAAAAAUUUAUACACAGAGGAAAAAUGACUGACUCUGAUUCUUGGAUAUUCGACUCCAACUCUGACUCCUUUAUUCCAAAACAAGUCCAACUCCGCAAACAUUGGCAGAGUUGCGUACUCUAAGGGAAAUGACCGAUUCCAACUCAGAGUCUUUAAACUAAAUACCUUCAGCUCCCAAAACGAGAUUGACUCAGACUCCACAGCCAUGGUUUUAACUGAAAUAAUUAUUGUUAAUAUGAAUUGUUUUUAUUUUCACUCUUAAAGUUUUAAUUUAUGUAUUCAGUUUUCGGCAGAUAAACUCAAAGUCCUUUAUG